UCAGCGCCUCCCCCUCCUCCCCUCACCUUCUCCUCCCAUCCCACCAAUCAGGAGCCCCCAUUAUAAAAUUAUUAACCUCCAUUGCAGCACUUGCUACUCUCGCACCGGCAGUCGGCGUAUAUAGCGGAGGAGCAAUGUGGAGUGAAUCCUGUCUCCACCGCGACAACGGGACCGGACCGAACGGCCAGCGAGAGUGAUGCCGCCGCUGCUGCGACACCUCCGGGGGCGAUAAUGCAGGAGACGCGGUGCGGCAGCCAGUGAAGGAACAAGGCGAGAAGCAGACUGCGCUGCGAGCAGGAGGCGACAACAGACCGGAAUCCAACCGGAGAUCGCCUUGUUUCUUCACCUCCAGGCGCCGUAAGUGCGUUUAUGCAGGUGAAAGAGAACGGAACCUCUGCUGCUGUCGGAUCUGCAACCAGGACCAGGAUGAUGACCAACAGAACGUUAGUGGGUCUUGUCCUGUCCCUUCUGUUAGUGCAUGGAGUCCCAAAAAGUUCCUGCCAGUCCACCUCAGAGACUCAGAAGGAGGCGGCUGCCAAUGACAGCACAGUGUUCACCAGGAUCCUGGACAGCCUGCUGGACGGCUACGACAACAGGCUACGGCCGGGGCUCGGAGAAAACGUCACUGAGAUCAAGACAAAUAUUUUCGUCACCAGUUUCGGGCCGGUGUCGGACACGGAGAUGGAGUACACCAUCGACGUGUUCUUUCGUCAAAGCUGGAAGGAUGAGCGCCUGCGGUUCAAAGGCCCCAUGGAGAUGUUGCCUUUGAACAACCUGCUGGCCAGCAACAUCUGGACUCCAGACACUUUCUUCCUCAAUGGAAAGAAGUCCAUCGCCCACAAUAUGACCACACCGAACAAGCUGCUCCGGCUCAAGGAUGACGGGACUCUGCUUUACACCAUGAGGCUGACCAUAUCUGCAGAGUGUCCCAUGCAGCUGGAGGAUUUCCCCAUGGACGCGCACGCCUGCCCACUCAAGUUUGGCAGCUAUGCCUAUCCUGUGUCAGAGGUGGUCUACACGUGGACCGAAGGGGCUGCCAAGUCUGUAGUGGUGGAGGAGGACGGGUCUCGGCUCAACCAGUACCUGCUGAUCGGUCAAACUGCUGGCACUGAGGACAUUCACACAAGCAGAGGACAGUACACCGUGAUGAUGGCCCACUUCUAUCUGAAGAGGAAGAUUGGAUAUUUCGUCAUCCAGACCUACAUGCCCUGCUUCAUGACAGUAAUCCUGUCCCAGGUGUCCUUCUGGCUUAACAGAGAAUCAGUUCCUGCCAGAACAGUUUUUGGGGUCACCACAGUGCUGACCAUGACCACCCUCAGCAUCAGUGCCAGAAACUCUCUCCCUAAAGUGGCCUACGCGACUGCCAUGGACUGGUUCAUUGCUGUGUGCUACGCUUUCGUCUUUUCCGCUCUCAUUGAGUUUGCCACAGUGAACUACUUUACCAAGAGGAGCUGGGCCUGGGACGGAAAGAAGGCCCUGGAGGCCCAGCACCCGAAGAAACGAGACCCCAUGGUUCUAUCCAAAAAGCCAAACAACGUCUGCUCAGCUGGCGUCAACUACACCCCUACAAAUCUCACCAAAGACUUUGCCAUCUCCACCAUCUCGAACACCACGUCGGUGCAGCUGCGCGCCACUGAAACCAAAAUGGUUGACCCCAAGAAGACGUACAACAGCGUCAGCAAGAUCGACAAGAUGUCCCGGAUAGUGUUCCCAGUCCUUUUCGGGACCUUCAACCUCGUCUACUGGGCUACGUAUCUGAACAGAGAACCAGUGAUCAAAGGAGUCGUCACCUCAACAUAAUUGAUAGCACUCGUCACAAAGCCAUGGUGGAGGACUUUUAAGGGCUCCAGCCGAAAAAAGAAAAAUCUGAAAAAUUUCAAGAACAGUAUUUUUUCUUUAUUUAAUUCCAGCUUUUUGAAUGACUGCAAGGCUGCAAAUGACUCUUUUGGAUUCCAUUGCCUAAAAAUCUGCUUGAUGCACAAAGACUGCCUUCAAGACCAGAUAGCUUUGCUUCUUUCUCAACUCUUCGGCUGCUGUUUGCAUGACGCUCUGCUGUACAGGAUAUCUCUCGACCUAUUCAGCCAAUCAUAGCUACGCUCGUGAAAUCGCCGAGGUUUGAUCCUCGGUCUCUGGAGGGCAAAAUAAAACUGCAAUUUCACAUGCCUUGAAGAAAACACAAACAUGUGGACGUCUCUUGAGAUCAAUGCUGCAAGUGCAUUAAUAAUUCAGUUUUUAAGUUCUUUUAUUGCAACAGGCACUGGUGUGUUAGAGAAUCCUUGCCUCUUUCAGCAGGCUCCGUUCACAAAACCUCUCUAUGAGGAAAGAAACCUGAAAUACCACUUGGAGGUGAUAAAUGUUUUCAUGGAUUCUGAAACAGCCUAGAAGAAUGAAGAAGUGGACACUUGAGGAGUCAAAACCGAUGUUUGUAAAAAAUGUCUCUGUGACCAGACCACCCUGGAUGAUGUGUCAGGAGUUAUUUGGGAAAUGUGCCUUGAGCUUGUAAGUAGAAUCACAGCGGCAGGAGGAUCACUGCUCUGGGUGGUAUUUAAUAUAUUUUGCCACUGUAUUGUGUAACGGCACCGUAUUAGGUACGCUACUCAGAGGUAACAACAGGGAACUGGCUAUAACAAAUGUGAUAAGACGACCCAGUACAGAUGACUACAAUAUCAUACAUCAACACGUGACUGCAAAUUCUACUACACAUACGUACACGAUGGUGCGUCACUUCACGUCGCUGCAUUCUAACUGAACCCCCACAUCUAAUGACGGCCUUGAUCUAUAUAGCACUUUCUGUUUACCAUGUGACUGGUUAAGUGAAGGAAAAGUACUAGACACUGAGGUUAACCAAAAUAAUUGUAAAAUGUGAUGGAUGGUCGCAGGAUGCGACCCUGAACAUGUUGGGUGGUGUUGGGAUAACUACAAACUGUACAAAAUGUACAAUGUUAAAUACAAGUAACAUCCGACUUACGUCCACCUUUACUUACAACCACGGCCAUAUUCAAUGUCUGGCACCGCAGCAUGUAGCGGCCCAGCAACACGUACGACAGUAUCCCAGCAUCUCACUCUCACACAGAGAUCUACCACUACAGUAGUACCUAUGACUUGCACGUGGCUAUUUUCAAUGGAAUUCGACUUACAUCCAAUGCGACUUACGACCGGUUGGUGGAACCGAUACUGGUUGUAAGUCGGAUGUUACAUGUACUUGUGACUCACAAGUUGAGUUUGGGUGGACCUGAGUUCCAAGAAACAAAUAUCUCAUGGUAGCAAUGAAAAAUAGUUUUAUUUCUUAUAUAUCUAUUAUCAGCAAAUCAACAGGUUGUUUUCCACCUUUUCCCUUCUCCAACUUCUGCUCAUCUGUUCUUGGUCGUCUGACUAGAUGGAUAAAACUGUUCCUAUAUUUAGACAAACGUUGAGAGAUUUUGGUUCAAUUGCUCAAGCACUUUAAAAGCCUCUCACCUUGGAAUGCGUGGAUCAAAUGGAGUCAAAUGAAGGCAGGGCUUGGUUCAUGUUUGAGCGUACGCAGGCUUUAAGCACAUCAGUAGGCAAUAGGAAAGUGUGAUUUACAGUAUUUGACUACUUUGAAGAGUCAACAUUUUUUUUCCUUGCUUUUAUCAUGACUUAUCGAUAGGUUGCUGGCUUGAUAGUCGUUUCCAAUUUAUCGAUUCCUAGAAAAAAAAUUUGAAAUAAAAAAAAGUUCUUCAUGAAGUAGAUCAACUCCUGUGUUUCAUGUUUAACUUUGACCUUAAAAUGAUUUGUGUUUGAAAAAAAAAUAUUUAGUUGUUGUUAACGUGUAAAUAUCACUGUGUUGUUACUAAACCUUGGGGGUGGGGAAUCUGAUUUUUCUAUCGAUGAUUUCUACCUGGACCAAUCUUGGAAGCACAGGGAAGGAAGUGUCGGACUUUGGUGAGACAAACUCAGGGACUAAACCAGCUCCCAGUGUCGUCACCUUUGUGGAUGUAAACAGACUGUCGGUGACUUCUACAUCUUGUAAAUAGGUUUUCUCAGUUCUCGCUGUAUCGAACUGAGAUCUGCAGCUUACGUUCUUUCGUCUAACUUUUCUCUUGACUGAUAAUUUGAUCGCAAUGUCAGUGUUGUUCAGGACCAUGUGUUAAGCUGAAUUUAUGUUUUAGCUGUGUCACGCUGCAUUUGUGCUGUCUUGGAUUUUAAAGCCUUAACUGAUGAAAAUAAUUUGCUGACAUUUAACGUUUUUAUUUCUACCAAAAAGUGCUCUAGCAUCCAAACUGGCUCUGAUGGUUGGAAUGGACUUCAUGUUGAUUUUAUUAAAAAAUAUAUUUGGAUUUGAACGCUGACUGAAAGUUGCACUUUCUGAGUCAAAUUUAAAUUAAGAUGUUAUAUAUUGUUGCUAUUGUUUUGUGUUUUGUAAAAACAACCUUUUUUUAUUUGUUAUGUCACUUUAUGUUAUGUGAUGUUAAUUAUGCUGUGUAAUGUAUUGUGAUGACUUUUCAUUUUCAUCAUAUUCAGUUUGGUUUUGUUGUAUAAUGUUUCAUUUUUUUUCUUUUAACUUUGCAAUAUGUUGUUACAUGUAUUAACGCUACGAUAUGCGCCGUCACUCCAUGAAUGAAUCAGAAAUAUCCCUUGAUAUUUACUUAAAAGAAAAUUGCUAUGUAGCCAUGACACAAUAAUGAUUCAUUAUGUAUAACAGCGCUUGUAAAUUAAAU